AUGUAUAAUUGGAGUGAUCAAUUGCGAGUUAUUGGUGAAAUAGAUGUUAUUGUGGAUACAAGAAAUGUCUAUCGUCCUGAUAUUUGUGCUCGACCAAGGAAUCGUCAUCAAUCUCCACCUUCACAAGCAGUUAAUUCAUCUGGAAAUCCAUAUCCUACUAUGGUGGUUGAGAUUGGCAAUACUGAAAGUUUAAACAGUUUACACGGAUUGGUAGAAAAAUAUUUUUCUCAACGGACUACUAUCCAAAUUUAUUUAGCUAUCAAAUUGUACCCACCUCACCACAAUAAUACUUUUGCGCUUCUUGCGGUGCUUUACUUACGUAACAAUCCAAAUCCCACAACGCCUGUAGUUGUUAAAUCAUUUGGAACAGCACCUCUCUCUAAUCAUUCACAAAUAUAUCUUCAAAGUAUCGUACAGGAUGAAGUCAUCACUGGUGUCGGGUUUGAAGGGGCACCUUGUGAUGGUGCUAAUAUUGGUGAAUAUCAAUUAGCCAUCCCUAUCAACUUACUUUUUAACGGUGUUGACG